AUGCUCUUUUUUCUUUUUCGUUGUCCAUUGUUCUUUCUUUCUUUCUUUCUUUCUUUCUUUCUUUCUGCUCUUCACCGGUUUUUCUUUCUUUCUUUCUUUCUGUGUUUCUUCGUUUGUUUGUUUGUUUGUUUCAUUGUUUCUUUGUAUGUCACUUUGUUCCUUAAUCGUUCUUUCUUUCUUUCUUUCUUUCUUUCUUUCUUUCUUUCAGCUCUUCACCGGUUUUUCUUUCUUUCUUUCUUUCUGUGUUUCUUCGUUUGUUUGUUUGUUUGUUUCAUUGUUUCUUUGUAUGUCUCUUUGUUCCUUAAUCGUUCUUUCUUUCUUUCUUUCUUUCUUUCUUUCUUUCUUUCUUUCUUUCUUGUUCCUUCAUCGGUCUUUCUUUCUUUCUUUCAGCUCUUUACCAGUUUUUCUUUUUUGCUUCGCUGUUUAUUUCUUUCUUUCUUUGUUUCUUCGUUUGUUUGUAUUUUGUUUCUUUGUUUGUUUCUUUGUCCCUUCAUCGGUCUUUCUUUCUUUCUUUCUUUCUUUCUUUCUUUCUUUCUUUCAGCUCUUCACUCAACCCAUCGGUUUUAUUUUCUGAAUAUCUUCAACGCUGUAUUUUAUUUCUUCGUGUUCAUCGCACUUUCUUUCUUUCUUUCUUUCUUUCUUUCUUUCUUUCUUUCUUUCUUUCUUUUUGAAGUUGUUCAGGGCUCUUUUUCUUCUAUCCUUUUGCCCUUUCCGCCAACGCAACUUUCUAUUUCUGCUCUCGUUCAUCUAAAUUUAUUCUCUCUCUUUCUUUAUCUCAAUUUUUUUUAUUUUCUGUAA